GGGAAGGCAAAGUUGGCUCCCCAGCCUGGCUUAACUAUCCCUAGACUUGAACUUUGCGCCGCUGUGCUCGCUGUCGAGAUCGCCGAGAUGAUAGUUGCAGAGAUGGACACAACGUUUGACAACAUCACCUAUUACACAGAUAGCAAAGUUGUACUGGGGUACAUCCACAACCAGUCAAGGAGAUUUUAUGUCUACGUACACAACAGGGUUCAACGAAUUCUUCAGUCACCUUGUCCCGGCCAGUGGAAGUACGUCCCAACGCAUCUCAACCCAGCUGACGUUGGGUCAAGAACUGUAGCAUCAGCCCUGCUUAGCAGCACACCAUGGCUCAAAGGACCAGCCUUUCUCUGUGACGCAUCAGGGCAUCCAUCUGAGCUUCAAGAGACUUACAAUCUUGUCGACCCUGACAUCGAUGCCGAAGUGCGUCCACAGGUGACGACAAGACUCACCCAUGUCGCCAAAGGUGUGGUACGCCCACAACGCUUUGAACGCUUCUCCAAGUUCAGCACACUCCGUGUAGCCAUCGCACACUUGAUCCACGUAGCUCGCUCCUUUGCUCGCUCGAUUCAGAACGAAUGUCAAGGCUGGCACAUUUGUUGUCCUACAGAAGAAGAGCUGCUGAAAGCCGAAGUGUGUAUUGUAAAGAGCGUCCAGGGUGAGUGCUACGCAGAGGAGCUCAAGUGCAUCAACUCGGGAACCAACAUACCAUCUUCUAGCAGCUUGUGGAGAUUGCACCCCAUUGUAGACCAAGAUCGACUACUUAGGGUAGGAGGUCGGAUCGAGCAGUCAGGCUUAGGCAUGAACGAGACUCAUCCCAUCAUCAUUCCUGGCCGGCAUCACCUCGCCACUCUGCUUGUGUCUCACUAUCACGAAGCAGUGAAACACCAAGGGAGACAUCUUACUGAAGGUGCCAUUCGAGCUGCAGGGUUUUGGCUCGUGGGAGCCAAACGCUGUAUCAGCAGUCUGCUUUACAGAUGUAUCACUUGUAGGAAACUAAGAGGGAAGGCCGAACAUCAACAGAUGGCAGCCCUGCCGGCAGAACGGCUACAAGUAGCACCUCCCUUCACCUACGUAGGUGUCAAUGUCUUUGGACCAUGGGACGUCGUUUCACGCCGCACAAGAGGAGGAGUCUCCAACUCCAAGCGAUGGGCGGUGAUGUUCUCGUGCAUGUGUUCCAGGGCAGUGCAUAUUGAGGUGAUUGAAGCGAUGAGUGCUAGCAGCUUUAUCAAUGCCUUGAGGAGAUUCUUUGCGGUCAGGGGCCCUGCGAAGCAGAUACGCUCGGACUGCGGAACUAACUUCGUCGGCGCCUCCCGUGAGCUGGAGAUGGACAAGACAAAUCCAGGCUUUGACAGUGUGGAGAAGUACCUCAACAAACAGAGCUGCACCUGGGUGUUUAACCCACCCCAUGCGUCCCAUAUGGGUGGCGCAUGGGAGAGAAUGAUUGGCAUCGCCCGCCGUAUUUUGGACUGCAUGCUGCUUGAACAGAGAAAGUCUCGCCUGACACAUGAGGUUCUGACCACGCUUAUGGCUGAGGUAGCUGCAAUUAUGAACGCAAGGCCGAUCAUCCCAGUGUCAUCAGAUCCGGAGUCGCCCUGCAUCCUCACACCAGCAAUGCUCCUGACUCUCAAAACAGGUCCCACGCCUCCUUUACCGUCAGGCAAGUUCGAGGAAGCAGAUCUCUUCAGAGAGGAGUGGAAACAAGUUCAGGGCUUAGCAGACGUGUUUUGGAACAGGUGGAGGCGUGAAUACCUCAAAACACUGCAACUUCGGCACAAGUGGCAAGGGAAACAGCCGAGCCUUCAAGAAGGGGACAUAGUUCUCCUAAAAGAUAAUCAGGCAGAGAGAAAUGAGUGGCCCAUGGGCAUCAUCACGAAAACCUUUCCAGGGAAGGAUGGAUUGGUCCGGAAAGUCAAAGUGGAAGUCGUCAAGGAUGGAGAUAGGAGAGGAUUCUCUCGUCCCAUUACAGAAGUAGUUCUGCUUCUUUCUCCAAAGUCUGAUUCUGCCAAUUAAUGUGGGCUCUUUAAAGACCCCAAGCGGGGAGUGUUAUGCCUCCAGAAAUGUGUUUUCUGCCUUGUUAUCACAGUUUAGAGUGACUUGUUUAUUUUCGUAACCAUGACAACAUGGAAGCAGUGCACGCUGGGAGUCAGGAAGUAAAUUUACCGUGUGGCUCUGGAUAUUGAUGUAUGGGCUCACGCAGUCGUCAGCUCCACAGUUACAGGUUUAAUCCUUUUUCCCUCUGCUAAGGCAAAGUCUUUUCACAAAUGCCCAGUAAACCUCCUGGAAUUGAACCAUCUGUGUCCUGGAGUUUUUUUUGGGAGUGUUUAAGCUGAAUGGAA